AUGGCUGAUGAAGAAACUGUAGAGAGCCCUUCGAGAUCAAGGAAAAAUCUGCCGACUUCUUCGAGUUCAACAUCAAAACUGGUACAAGAGAAACGCUUGAAGCACAUAUUUGCCAGGCCUCGAUAUGGAGAACCGAGGCAUCCAAUUUUUUCAAGUCCCUAUGCUCGGCACAUAAGUAUGAGGGCAUUUGGACCAAAGAAACCAAGAUGGUACCAGAGCUUGACCACUGCGCAACUAUACUUAUUCAGAGACAUUAUGAACUAUGUGGAAGUUGGAAGGGAGAAUUAUUUUCGUUUCAACGAUUUCCUCGAGGCUCUUCAAGAUCUCGAUCCAACUAUAACUCGAUCUGAAGUAUUAGCUGUAAUCGACAAAAUGGAGGAGAAUGAGUUUGAAGAGCUGGAUUUCGGGAAAUUCCUUUUCCUUCUGGCAUACGGAGAUCAGGAUGCGGAAAAUUAUCCAGAUGAUAAUGAGGAGAAGUCACCCAUUAAACAUGUGACUGUCCGACAAAGUCUAAUAUUGUCCGCCAUUGCUUAUUUCGUUUUGAUAGCCAGUCCAGAGGAAAUCGAAAGGUAUUAUUUCCAGAAUACUCGUAGGAAAGCUACUGUGCUUCACCAUCAUAUGGAAGCAACAAGAUUAGAAGGCCUCUCUGAAAGACAAAUGGAAGUUAAGCAACUCAAUGCAGCUAAACAUCUAGGACCCUUGUAUUAUCUUACUGGUUCGCCAUAUGCUUUACCUGUACCAUUCAUACCUCGUUUCAAGAAAUCAAAGUUGUACAGAGAAUUGCAGAGAAGAAAAGAUACCUAUCCCAGAUCAGCACAUCGAUAUGGCUGGCGUCACACUUUCUUCCUGAGCUUGAAUUAUAGUUUUGGUUAA